UGUUUUGCUGAAAAUAGGACAUUUCAUUUUAUGUACUUGGGCUCCUAAUUGCUUUAGAAUUUGCAACUUUGUUUUGCCAUUGGUUUGGAUAUUGAACAACUUGUACAAGGCAUUGGAAAAGGGGAAGAACACCCAUCUCCGCUACCACCAUUUAGCUCAAAUCUCUCAACCUCAGUAUGUUAUUUCAGAAUUCAAAAACUUAUUGGAAUGGGUCUUCUCAAUGUUUGUCAUCCUAAUUAUCAUUAUUAUUUUUAUGUUAGGACAACCCUCAAACUGGUCUAGUAAACUUUCCAAAUUACAUGCACGGUUACUAUGGACCAAUUCCUACAUGGUCACCAGCUUUUCUUCUAUAUCCAGAUGGCAACCACUAUCCAAGCAACAUUCAGCAGAAUACAGGUAACCCAUUUCAAUAUGGGAUGGGACGUCCGACUCCUCACAUCACUACAAGCUCCGCAACGAGCGCAAGAGUUGGUAAAGAGGAUUCACCAGAUUGUAGGGAAACUGAAGCGUCAUGUACUUCUUCUAAAGUUGAUGAAGAAAGUAAAGAGGAUAGACCAGAUUCACGAGAAAUUGAUGAUGGCACUAUUGGGUCAACACAUUUAGUGCAAACAGAUGGUGAUGAUAUAAUUGAGGAGCCAAAGUCGGGGAUGGAGUUCAAUUCUUUUGAAGAUUUACAGAGCUAUUAUAAGGAUUAUGCUAAGAAAUGUGGGUUUGGGGUGAUGACAUAAAGGAGUGAGAGGGGAAAGGAUCAAAGUAUCAGAUAAGUCACCCUUGGUUAUACCCGUGGAGGGAAGGCCUGGAAUAGGAGUUUCAAUGUCACCAACCCAUGUCCGACAGGAAAGACGGAUUGUAAGGUAAAGAUUAAUGCA